UUGCCAUUGCUCCUAUUGUGUGAGAGAGCGUGACAUAAAUGUACUAGUGCACGGGCGUCACGGAGCCCCGCGUCCUCAGGAUCCGGUGGGGAAAAUCUCACGGCGUAUUUAAACUCAACAGAAGACGUGAGGAAGUGGAACUAUUUAAGUUUGAGGUGAUUUGCACUGGCUUUCUGGAUAGUUAGUUGAUGCAACUUUAAAGUUUUGUAAAGACAAGAAGCUGUUUUUAUAGGAGAUGACGGGGACUCACUUUCCACCCUGCCAAGCCAAAACUCCGCUCAAUGCGAGCGGAUCCCGAAGUUCAUAAAGGGGAUUAUUUGCAUCUGGGCGCCUGAGAUCUUCGGUGCCUCCGGAUUUUACUUCGGAUUUGGGAUUUAUCGCUCCUCGCCCGGAUGGAAAGCCGUGAUUUCGCUCCUCCGCACCACCUCCUGACGGAGCGGAGCGCGCUGGUUCACAGCGCCGCGUCUCGGAUGGCGUCAGGCGGCCACAGCUCCGUGCAGCACCCCGCUCACUUCCAGCCGGGGAAGUACUACUCAUCCCAUCUCUCCAUGGCUCCGCACUCAGGUGCUUCCUUUAUGGGUUCCUUCCUGUCCAGCAGUUUGGGGUCGCCGGCCUCCCACCCGCCUCACCCCUCGGGACCCGUUUCCUCCCCAUCCUCUCCCUCUUACAGGAGCGGACCUCAUUCGAACGCUUCCCCUAUUUGGUUCCCUCAUUCACAUGAAGGGUACCCCGGCUAUUCAGGAAGUCUUGCCUCCCCUUUUCUUCCCAUGAGUCCCCUGGAUCACCAUAACAACAGUCUGUAUGGGCAGCACCGCUUCUAUGAAACUCAAAAAGAUCACUUCUACCUGAGAGGCCUUCCAACCCAGCCCCCUCUGCUCUCCACCAAUCACAGCCUUCCCCCACUCACCAGAACCGCUUCUGGCCACCCGCUCGGCUCCUGCAGCCGAGGGACGGACAGCGCAGGAGGAGGUGUCAAGAGCACCAGGGACACGGGCGAGAAAAUUGUUGCGUCCUUGUCAAAGGAGAAAGAAAGAUCUAGCAGUAAGGAGCGCCACCAGGAAAAUAAAGACAAACACCAGCUUCAUCAUCCUCACCAGACCAGCCCCGCUGCCACUCCGUCAAGCUUCCAUCAUAAAGCCUACCCGCAUCCCUCCCAUGCUCCCCUGCUUCACCUCACACCCCAAAGCAGGGAGGAGGAUUCCAGACACCCUUUGGAGCGUCACAAGGAGCACAGAGACCACAGUGACAGUCAGGGAGGGAAACAUAUGAGUGCCUGUAAACUGUCUAGUGUUUCUGGUACUGAGACUGGCUCCAGUGAAAAAGGGAGCACAUUAAGCAGCUGUAGUGGGGGUGGAGCAGGGAGAACUCCUGCUGGAGGCAGUAGGCGUUGCUAUAAAGAACCCAUAAAUGGGGAGAUGAGGAUCAGCGACUCUUCAACCGCCCCCUCGGAAUGUAUAAGAAGAGGUGCGGCUGCAGCCACAGCCAUCUUGGCACCACCGCACUCUGUGCCCUCCUACUCCAUGCCUCCUCCUCCACCUCCGCCACCCCCUCCUCAUACCUUGCACAUGGGCUCAGCAGUGGUAGGAAGCUGGCUUCACCCACAUCACCAUCCGCAUCCGGAGUUUUACUGCCCCCCAGCACAUAUUACCAUUGUACCCUCCAAAGAUCCACUUUCUGCAGGGUCUAGAAGGGAAGCAAAAGUCUUAGGUGCAACAUUCGUCCCUUCUGUGGGACCGCUGGGAGAUCUGGCAGCCCCUGAGUGCCGUGGAGCAGGAAGUGGUGGUAAAAAGGCAGAGGACAAGAAUGGAGAUGGAUCUCAUGAAAGUCCCUCUCAUCACCUCAGUCGCCUUAGCAGUUGCCAGAAGAAAGACAAAUCCCAAACACAUUUGCAGCAGCUGGGAUACGGCAAGGCUGACAAACUGCCCGACUGGAGCCAACAACAACAGCACUUCCAAAAACAUAAUUCCAAUGCGAGCUCUCAGUCCGAGCUGCGACCCUGCAGCCUGGAAAGAACCUCAUCCCUCCGAGAUGUGGAGGUUGUGGAGGAUGUUUACCGGCCUUCACUUCCACCAGAUGCCCAGGGGACGUACCUUGGGGCUGGACGCUGGUCUGCAUCCAAGAAUGGCUCUCCACCUUUUAAGGACUGCUCUCAAUCAGGAUCUCACUCUGAUGGAAGGGUGGGCUCAGCAGUUCAGAGGGAGGGACAAAAGGUUGCCAGGAUACGACACCAGCAACACAGCAGCCACGGUACAGAAGAAAAGGGACGAGAUGGCGGUCAUGUAACAACAUCUUGGGGUGCUCGAAGAGGGCCCCAGGAGGACCAGAGAAAAGACUCCCGUCAUACAUCUGCUAGCAAUAGUGAUAUGAGGGGACUCGUGAACGUAACCUCUAACAAAGACAGCAACCAGUCUACUCCUCUAUCCCAUCCCUCAUCACACAACACAGGAGGAGAGGGCAACGCCAUGAAGAACUUAAUGAACUACAGCUCCCAGCAGCCUUUGCUGCUGCCCCAGCGGAGCCCCUUUGGAGGCUUGGGCUGCCUCAAGCAGGGCGGAGAGAGAUCAGAGAAGGGGGAAAGAGGCGGAGGCAAGAACAGCUCCUUACAAGACCCACCCAAACAGUCGCUCCCUCCUCGCAGAGGCUCCUCUAACGAGGGAGAGAAGGGCGAAAAAGGCGGGAGGGAGGCUGGGGAGGCAGGAGACGGGGAGGUAAGGCAGCCUCCGGUGGGUAUUGCAGUAGCAGUGGCUAGGCCCCCCCAUCGUUCUCCAGACAACACCCCUGGACACAGCAGACAGGGCAGAGUGCUGCCCAGCAUGAAAGGGGUGUCCCGACCCAUGUAUCCACUUGGCCGCGAGGCAGAGGAGAGGAAGAGGAUGACAGAGGAUCAGAUCACUCUUCACCACCUAGAAAGGGACAGAGAAUUGAUCAUUAGGGACAGCAAGGAUCGACUGGAGUUUGCCAGGAUCCACCCUUCAAGUAGUUGCCACGGUGACCUGACCUCUCACCUCUUGGUGCCUGGAGGCGCGAGCCAGUUGGGGGCAGACGCCGCUGCACAUGCUCACCAGGCUCACCACCACUGGAUGCAGAGAACAGGAAGUCCCUCCCUCUGGAUGGGACAUUCAUAUAGUCUGAACCAUGUGGGGAUGAGUGCCAGCUUCCCCCCAGGUUUACCCAGCCCUCUGCAGCCUGUGCUUGGCUCACUCACCCAAGACUCCAGCUCCCCGCUGAUGGUUCUUCCUACAGAGCCUGGGCCUCAUCAUCACCUUGACGUUUUAGAGCAAUCCGGUCCGUGGCCUCCUGUCUACGGAGCCCGUGGGCCCCCUCCUCACCUCCAGCAUCACCCCAUCUACUCUCGCUCUUCAUUCCUACGGCAACAGGAGCUGUAUGCACUGCAACAGCAACGGGCCAUGGAACAUUUGCAACGCCAUUCCUUGGGACAGCGAAAACACGAUGAGCAAGUCGCUACGUUCGAAGACGCUCCUUCAGCAUCGCGAACCCCAACGUCAUCCUCUUCUUCCACCACGUCCUCGCACAUGGCCAAACCCUUCUCGCACACGCCUCCCCCACAAAAGACAUCCGCCCCGUCACCGGGGCUGUGUCCCAGCAGUCGUCAGUCACCCUGCUACCAUUCCCCCUCCAGGCGAACGCACCCGCCCAAUCCUCUGACCCCCGCCCCUAGCCCGGCAGCGGCGGCCCCUCGCUCGCCGGCACUCAGUCCUGCACCAUCGCUUCUACCCAAAGGCCUGGAGAGGACCAGCGACAGGGGGGAGGGACAGCCACCUCAGGACUACCCGCAAUCCCUAGAGCCUGACUUGCCACCUGUUUACACCUUCCCUCCACUCUCCAUGGGUUUCAAGGCUGGGCCCUCACCGUCCGAAGCCCGCUUGGCUGAGCAAGCCUCGCAGGAUUCGGAGCCGGCGGAGCCUGACUCAAAGUCUCUCCAGCCUCUUCCCCACAUCCCACCUCUCACUAAAGAUGAGACCAGGAGGGAAGAGGAGGAGGAAGAGGAAGAGGAAGAGGGGAAAGACUGUGAAAUGGUGGAAUCCCACAGUGGACCCCCAGAAGAAAAGGAGGUGGAAAGUGGAGGGGAUGGAUGCUCUCUUCCGGAGCAUGAAAAGACCACUUCUGGCCUGCUGCCUUGCCCUUCCCCAUCUUGUAUCCUGGAUCCAAACGGCCCUGCCACGGCCCCAAGCAAAGCCUUAAAGCAAGCGGAGCUAUUCAAAGACGAUGAGGUUGAGAAGGAAUGCGGAAAAGAGGAACUCGGAGGAGAAAAAAUGGAGUGCGAGCCAACAGACUGCACCGUGGAGGAAGACGAGACUAACGAACAUGAAGAAUUGGUCGUUGACAGUGAAGAAGACAAGCAGAUUGAAAAGAGUCGAGAGCAGCUGAAAGUGUCCCACUCUCCUUCUCCACCCACGGAUGGCUCUCCCCCACUCUCCAUUAGCGCGGCAGCCCAGCAGCAAGGGGCCUACAUGUGGAGCCUGGAGCUUCUCAUUGCCGCCACCCUGUGCGCCACCCGAGAUGCCCUGCACGCACCUGCCCCCGCAGCCCGGGCUCCCAGCCCUCUGCUCCACCACGGUAUGGAAAUCCUGGGAGAACUGGCUGAGCUGGAGAUCCAGCAGAGGAGUCAGGAGAGCAAAGAGAACCCAGAUGAAGGUGAGCGCAUGCUGACCUUCGACCUGCACAGUCUGGCAACGCUGGCGGCCGCCCGGGCCUUGGAGAUGGGGGGAGGGGCUCCUCACGAUGGCGCCGAGCAACAAUGUCAAAUUCGGGAAAGGCUGAAUUUGCGCAGGAAGUGCAGCUGGACACCUCGUCAUGAGCCGGUGUGUCCGGUGAAAGGCUCCAUGGAGACGAUGGGAGGGGAAGAGCUGGCCAUGCGUGUCCAGCUGGCUGAGCUACAGCGCCGCUACAAAGAGAAACAGAGAGAAUUUGCCAAGCUUCAGAGGAAACACGACCACCAGAAAGAGGAGACGUCUCGCAGCCCUGCCCGCAGGGGGCCAGGUCGGCCCCGUAAGCGCAAGUCCACCCCCGGCGUGCAGGCUCCAGACUCCUCCAAAAGACUUCGGGCUGGUGUUAAUUUACAGGAUGAAGAGCGAGUCAGAAAGAAGCAUGACUUCAGCAGCCUCAGCGCCACACAGUUAAAAGCGGGCUGUAAACACAGAGGUCGACCCAGCGCCCUGAGUUCCGGGCUGGCGAAGCGGGUAUGCCAGCUGAAGCAGAAGGACACAGCCCAGCGUGCCGCACCGUCAGCGGGCACGCUGCACUGCAGAGUGGCCGCUGGGCCAGAAGAAGGGCCCAAGAGUCACUGUGGACACGCAGGAGCAGACCCACAACAGGAAUGGGGGGCCAGUCAGACCGUGAAGAGAAAGAGGGGUCGGAAACCGAAGGCGUUGGUGAGCUCCGACCCAAACAGAGCUCCGAGCUCAAACCGUGCCUCUGAGAAGCAGGAAGUCAGCGAGAGUUCAGGACAUGAGGAUGAGGAGGACUGCAGCUGCAACAGCGAUGAGGGAGCCAAUGACAUCAGGAUUAGCUCAUUUUCCAAAGAAGCCCCUUCAAACUGUACCGACCCUUUUUCUGCGCAGUCCUCUCGGCUGCACUCAAACCAGAAAAACAGUACUAAGAAACCAGGACCUCCAGGAAACAUGGCCAUCGCUGACCAGAGAAAGGCCCACAGGAAGCACUGCCUGGCCAACUGUAAAAGUGAACAUCCAGGUCACCACGGGUCUCGAAGAGCUUGUCUUCCCAGCUGGGCGGCCUCUUCAACGGGCUGCAGUUUUGGGGACGGUCGGGUGAACCAUGGAGCUCUAAUAGAAGAUAACAAGAAUUGCAAGGAUGCAACGAGGAGAGACUUAGCAGCGCACAGUGAUCUGGGAAAGGCCCAGGGUCACGCGGUCAGCCGACUCCUGCAGAGCUUCACCGCUGACGACGGCUUUCGCCUGGAUGAAGAGAGCAGCUUUUCCGAAGGAGAGGAGGAAGAUGAAGAAGAGGGGAGCAAACAGACGAUGGUGCACCUUCCUCCCAAAAUGCCUUGCAAAAUUCCUGCCCUGCCCAACUGUGUGCUUAGUAAAGAGAUGCUAGUAGACGGCCUGAAGAUUUUGAUCUCCAAGGAGGAUGAGUUGCUCUACGCUGCCCUUGUCCAAACUCUGGACCUACCUGAUAUAUUCAGUGUUGUCAUUGAAGGGGAGCGCGGGAAUCGCCCCCGGAUCUAUUCACUGGAGCAAAUCUUACAGGAAGCCGUUCUGGAUGUGCGGCCCCAGACUGAGGCCAUCCUGACGGCGGGGACGCGGGUUUGUGCCUACUGGAGCGAGCGCUCACGUUGCCUUUACCCCGGUUAUGUCCACCGAGGGGGUGCAGGUGAAGAGAAGGACGGAAGCGUGAUGGUGGAGUUUGAUGACGGGGACAGAGGAAGGAUUACACUGGCGAACAUCCGACUUCUGCCACCUGGAUACCAAAUCUGCUGUGCGGAACCAUCACCAGCGCUUCUGAUCACGCCGGGCCGGCAAUGUCGACGUAGCGCCACACAAGAGAAGAAAGACACACUCACAGAGAAAUCAGCCAAUGAGGAACAAGCAGGGAAACCUCAAGAGAAGAGACCAGUUGGCAGGCCCAAGAAAAUCCACUCAGUGCCUAAGACUGCCAGCACAGCAACAUCAGAGUCAGACUCUCGGACCAAAGGCAACACUUCUGUGGUCAGCUGGUCCGCACCCAGGAAGAGACCGCCGGUCGACUUUUUCCUCUUCAACGGGACUUCCCGUAAAACCCAGAAGAGAUUUCAAGAGCGAGACGUGGGGUUGUUUCAUCGCCCGGCCUCCCACUCUCUCACACCCACAGCCCCCCUGAAAGGCUUCUUUGGCUCCCCUUUUGCGGUUGACUCUUUUAGUAGUAUUGCCAACGGCUACUCGGCCUUUGGAAGUGGCGGGAGCUCCGGAACAGCGCGACAUGCAAACACAGGAUCUUCCUCUGGGCCUCGGGACCCCUCUCCUUGCUCCUCAGUUGUCGCCACGUCUAUGGCAGCGGGAAGUAAGAAACCAGUUAGUGAGCGAGACAGGAAACAGUUCCUGGUGAAGCUUGAUCAUGAAGGGGUGACAUCGCCUAAAACAAAGAAUGGCAAGGCCCUACUUCGACUCGGAAAUGGAAGCAAAGGAGGUAGAACCUUGUCCUCUGUGGGUUCUCCGCUGCGAUACAUUCACCCUGCCAUGUUGGUGAAGGAUGGAAAGAAGGGAGGAAGGGAUAGAGAGAACUCCGGAACUCAGCCAGACUCUCUUUUGAAAGGCGAUGCCACUCUACAAAAAGAUCUACUGCCAGCCAGCCACGGGGGCCAAACUGGGGAUUACAGUUUGGACUACCACAGCGACUGCCCGAGUUCUUACUCUGAGCUGGAUGAGGAUGACGAAGAUGGCGGUCAAGAUGCUAGGACGCGAAGAAGAGGCACGGCGGCCACGUCUCAUCGUAGCGGACGCUUUCUCUCCCGCCUCUCAGUCUGUUUCUCUUCCUCCUCUUCGUCCUCUUCUUCCUCCGGCUCCAUAUCCUCCUCAUCCCUCUGUUCCUCAGACAAUGAUUCCUCCUACUCGUCCGAUGAAGAGUCCGCAUCUGUUCUCCUGCGUCGUGCUUUGCUCCAGCAGGACAAACACAAACACAGACAGAACCUGAGCUCCGAGUCCACCAACUCCAACCCGUCCACCACAGUCCCAGCUAGUCCCUAUGUGGCCAAGGCAGGCAUGGCCCACUCUGGGUCAAAGGGGAGGACAGAGGAUAGGACAGAGUACAUGUCCAAAGGGAGUGUGGCGACCAACAGUAGUUCUGCCAAGACCCAACUGAAGAAGAAGGAAGGAGUUCCUAAUAGCCACCAUCAAGGUCAGAGUGGCCCUAAACCUUCCUCCAAGGACCUGACAGCAGCAAGGCAGAGGAUGUCCUCACCUGAGCCUCAAGCCAACAUAGCUCCACUACUGCCUGGACGCCAGCUGUGGAAAUGGUCCGGUAACCCAACACAGAGGAGAGGUCUGAAGGGUAAAGCCCGCAAGCUAUUCUACAAGGCCAUCGUGCGCGGCAAGGAGACUGUGCGGGUAGGCGAUUGCGCCGUGUUCCUGUCGCCCGGCCGACCCCAGUUGCCUUACGUCGGCAGAGUGGAGAGCCUGUGGGAGUCGUGGAGCUCCAGCAUGGUGGUCAGGGUCAAGUGGUUCUACCACCCGGAGGAGACUCGCUUGGGGAAGCGACACUGCGAUGGCAAGAACGCCUUGUACCAGUCGAGUCACGAGGACGAGAACGACGUCCAGACCAUCUCCCAUCGCUGCCAGGUGGUCAGCAGGGCCGAGUACGAUCACAUGAUACGCGAACACAAGUCUGGUGCCACGGCGAAUGAUCUUUUCUACCUGGCUGGCACGUACGAGCCCACCACCGGCCAACUGAUUGGCGCUGACGGCAUGGCUAUCGUGUCCUAGCAUUCGCAGCUAGAGUGACCAAAGCUAUCGAGCUGACCGCUUCGAUGACAGUCCGUCAUAACGGACGGAAGGGGCAACGGGAUAUAUCCCAGCGGGAUAAAUCCCGGCAGUACCGGGCACUUAAAGGAGUCUGGUUAGUUCUUGGAAAUCUAUGUCAGAGACCUCUUCCUGUAAACUCGAGCAUCAGGAGGCUUCAGUUUUCCCCGCGCCCCCCCCUACGACUCGCUGAAUAUCUUGCAGCAAAAGAACAGGAACCACGGACAUGAGCACUUUGGAGUUCGGUACCUCGGAUAUGUCACGGCGACUCUGCUUUCUGAGACAAAGACGGAGAAGGAGAGGAAGGAAACUCACUGUAAGCCGCACUGGUUUGGAAGGUUGAAGAGGUCUUACACUGCUUUUCUGGUUGUUGGCUGGGAGAUCCCCAACAGGACCAAAACAAAUGAAAACUCCAGUGUCGUUUUGGACUGUGCGCAAGAGCUCACUGGUUGCAAGCCAAGAUGAUGCCAUGUCUUUAACACAUACAAAUGUUUUCCUCCUGUCAAGCCAUACACAUCAAUACCUCUCUCGCAUCCUUCUAUUUGGGUGCAAAGACAUGUACAUGUAGUCGGAUUGCUUUUUUUUUUUUAAUGUGUGUGUUUCUGGGAGAGUGAUGAUUGGCUUUAAUUAUGUGUAUGUAUGAUAAUGUAAAUACUAUACAUAGAUAUUUGUCCAUUUUUUGCAGGGGAGAUGGUUUUUAUUUCAAUGUUAAAGGUUGUGUGGAUGGGGGAGGAGAUUGAAAUAAGUUUCUUUGAAUGCACUGAACAUGAUCACAGAUGAGGUCAAUAUGUAUGCCUGGUGUGGUAGUAAGCCCUGCUUCGUGGGUAAAUAUGUUGAAAAAGCAGUUAUUUUAAUAGAGUGAUCAGAAAUCAGCUCUUUUAAAUAAUGUCUAACUUGUAAUUUUUGCAUUUCCUGUUGGAAACUUACUGGAAAAGAAACCAAGUUUCUGCUUUUCACUGAUCCGUAAAGAAUCCAGUCGGUCUGUUUGAGCCUGUAUUUCUAUCAAAUGUAAAUAUUUAUCUGGCAUCUAAAAGAAAUAUACCAAAGCACCCGUGAGUUUACACU